CACUGUUACAUAAUGGAUGACCGAAUACGUCAUUACUUUGAUACUCAAACUAAAAUAGCUGUAUGUCUCUCAGUCAUUGACAACAUCCAGAUUAGUGUCAGACACCUUAGAAGAAGACUAUCACGUCUACAACUUUGUCGUAGACAAUACAGUGACUCUGAACGUUUGGUCAAUUUCAUUGCCAGCCAACUUGAGGGAACGGGACGUCUGCAUGACUGCGGUCAAGCCAGCCGCGAUUUAGAUUCGAGGUACUUUGCGCGCAUAUUGUGGAAAGCACAGAAAGACGGGCUUCUUGACUCCUGUUGAAUGCAGAAGAAAAGAAAUGAGCAGCUAUUAUGUUGGAGUGGACGUGGGCACUGCCAGUGUACGUGCAGCUCUGGUCACGGGAGACGGUCAUGUCAAACACAUGGCAGAGGAGCCUAUUCAUAUAUGGGAACCGUGUGCUGAUCAUUUUGAACAAUCAUCUACAGAUAUUUGGACCAAAUGCUGUAGUGUCGUGAAGAAAGUAACUCAGGACAUUGAUCCAAAUGCUGUUCGAGGAAUUGGAUUUGAUGCCACCUGUUCUUUAGUAGCUCUGGAUGGAAACUUCCAGCCUGUGGCUGUCAAUCAAACUGGUUUGAAAGAGAGGAAUGUUUUGAUGUGGAUGGACCAUCGUGCUGCAGAACAAGCCUCUCGCAUCACAGCCAUGAAUCAUAAAGUCCUGCAGGGGGUCGGUGGUGUGAUGUCACCUGAAAUGCAGCCACCUAAAUUACUGUGGCUCAAAGAGAAUCUGCGAGAAAGUUGUUGGAAAGAAACCGCACAUUUCUUUGACCUUCCAGACUUUCUGUCAUGGAAAGCUACGGGGUCCUUAGUGAGGUCUUUAUGUACUCUAGUAUGUAAGUGGACAUAUUCACCAUCAGAUGGGUGGGACGACACUUUCUGGACAGCUGUUGGUCUCGAGGACCUGAUUGAGAACAGUUAUUCCAAAAUAGGAAAGCUAACAUGUUGUCCAGGAUGUCCAGUUGGAGGUGGUCUCACCCUGGAGGCGGCUGCAGAUUUAGGCCUGAAACAAGGCACAGCUGUGGGAGCUUCACUCAUUGAUGCCCACGCAGGAGGGUUAGAUGGCACAUUAAACAGGCGAGCAAACUUCUGGAUAGUGACGAAAAGUAAAAAUUUUCCUCAGAAGAAGAGCGGGACUCCGAUGAACAUUUGCAUUUUGAAGAGAGAAUUGAUCCAGCUGAGGAUACCAUUUCGGAUGAGGGUUAUUGGAGCAGAUGUGAGGGGGCACCUCCUGCCUUGCGAAAAGCAACCAAUCACAUCGCGUAUGGCAAUUAUAUGUGGAACAUCUUCAUGCCACAUGGCUGUGAGCACUCAGGCGCUGUUUGUUCCUGGGGUCUGGGGCCCGUAUCUGUCUGCCAUGCUGCCAGGAUUGUGGCUAAAUGAGGGAGGACAGAGUGCAACUGGAAGACUGGUUGACCAUAUGGUAAAAGGACACGCAGCUUACACACAGUUAAAAGAGCAGGCAGAUUCAAGUGGGAAACACAUUUACUCUUAUCUGAACUUCCACCUGGAACAAAUGGCCACAGACUCAACACAUGUGGAGCAGCUGACAUCUGGCCUGCAUGUGUGGCCUGAUUUCCAUGGCAACCGCUCUCCACUGGCUGACCAGACAUUAAAGGGCAUGGUUGUUGGUCUCACUUUAUCACAAACUUUGGAUGACUUGGCCCUGCUGUAUCUUGCAACUCUGCAAGCAAUUGCUUUUGGCACAAGACACAUCAUUGAUGCCAUGAAAGAGGCAGGACAUGACAUCACAACCCUCUUCCUCUGCGGUGGCCUCAGCAAGAACGAUCUGUUCGUGCACACUCAUGCCAACACCACUGGUGUGCCUGUUGUGCUGCCGGCAGAGAGAGAGGCGGUGUUAGUAGGAGCCGCUGUUUUAGGAGCCUGUGCCUCAUCUGACUACAGCUCCAUUCAGGAAGCAAUGGAGAAAAUGACCGAAAUAGGACAUGUUGUCAAGCCUAACAUUGAGCUAGAAAGCUUUUACAGAAAGAAGUAUGCUGUAUUUCUACGCCUUUACAAUCAUCAGAAGGAUUACCUCAAACUCAUGCAGGAUUGACAUUUGAAAGGCAUCACCAGUUAGACAUGUAUGAGCUGACGCCUUACCUCCAAUUGAUGGACAAAUUAAAAGGUUGAUGGACUAUAUACUACUCUAGAGAAUUGUGUAGCAUUUAUUUCUGGAGAUCUUUGAGAUAAAUAUUUGGUUAAAAUGACCACAAUGAAACCGUAAAACCACUAGAUUUUCAAUAGUCUUUCCAUUUACUGUAUGCAACAAAGGGGUACACAACAAAAACCUACACAUUCCCAUACACAUCUGAAACAAUUAAGGAAAGGCGGAAGCUUGGGCCUGCUUGACAAAACACGUAGACCUUUAUUGUUGCACUUUUCAGUCGCACACAAUAAGACACAAAAGGUUUGCUUUUAAGAUUAAAAACAAAAAGGUUUUAAUCUUACCACACUGACACGCAGACACAUACACAGACAGCUUUGUGCAUGUCUCUCUCUUGUCUGCCGCUGUGUCCUCUCCUUAAAUACUCCUGCCGCCCCUCACUGGAACGCGAGACCAGUGUGGCACACAGGUAGACUUUACCAGGCCCGCCCUGCUCACCACAUACCCCAUCGCCAAACUCAAGUCGGGAAAUUCUCCGGCCUGUGACAUACACCACCCACCCCCCAUUUCUAGGGUGUCAGGGUGGUUUCGCACUUUUCAGUCGCACAUAAAGACACUGCUUUUCAGCAUUACACAAAAGGUUUCACUGACAUGCAGACACACACAGACAACUUAGUGCGUAUCCUCUCCUUAAAUACUGCCGCUGCCCCUCACUGGAAUGCGAGACCGGUGUGGCACUCAGGUGGACCUCAUUCACCACUUAUCUUCCCGUCUUCUCUCUGCCCAGAUGCCGCUUGGCCCUGCCCUGCUUGGCAAGGCAAGGGAAGUUUAUUUAUAUAGCACAUUUCAUACACAAUGGUAAUUCAAAGUGCUUUACAUAGAAGAGAUUAAAAUAA